AUGAUUAUUAAAAAUUUUAGCUGCGAAAAAAAUAAAAUAACUAAUAGCAGAAUUCCUAAUGAUAUAGAUCACUCUUCAAAAAAUAGGAAAAUGAAUAUAUCAAUAAAUUACUAUAUAUUCAAUAAAAUAUAUAAAUAUUUUUUAUUUAUUAAAUAUUUAUUACUUUCCCAUUUAAUUAUAUUUCUAUGUAUUAACAAUAAGAAUAACUAUAAGAACAAUUUUUAUGAUCAAUAUAUUUAUAAAAAUGAAACAUUUAAUACAUUACAAAAUAGAUCAUUGACAGAGAUUCAUUUCAAUAAUGAUUAUUCCAACUUAAAUGGUUCAAGUAAAAAUACAUCAAAUUUAAGACCAAAAAACAUAAACAAAAAUGAUAAGAAAAAUAAAAACAAUAUUAAUGAAGAGAUAAUUUAUAAUGAUAAUAUAAGAGAUACAUCAAUAUCAGAACCUAAAAAUUUAGAGGAUUUAAUAUUUAAAAAAAGAACAGAAGAAUCACAUUUAAAUGAAGGAAAAGAUUUAUCACCUUUUGAUAAGAUCAAGUGCUGUUUUGAUAUUUUUGAUGAUUUUUUUAUAGAUAGAAUAAUAGAUUAUAAUGUUCAAAAAAAAGAUUCAACAUCAGUGAAAUUAAUUACAGAAAACAUUAUAAUACAUGCUAUUGCUUUCUUUCCUUUUUCGUUACCAUUCUUAUCGCAUAUAACUGAUAGAUUAAAUUUCUUUGGGAUUAAUCAUGAGAAGAAGAAAAAAAAAGAUAUAUUAUAUAUAACAGACGAUAAAAAAGAGCUUUAUGGUGUAAAAUAA